UUUUUCUUUCAAAGUCUUUGGUUUCAACUAUUCUAUGUCGGCGUCAUUUUUUUAUUUUUUUUGGUUUUUCAGUUUUUUAUUGAUUGAUAUUGAUGAAUGGUAUAAGGAAUUGUGUCUCACGUGUGUUGUUUAGGUUCUCCGUUUACCGACACCUGGAAAUAAAUAUAACCAAAUUACAUUUUUUUUCCCCCCUCCUCAUCAGGUUCUUAGGUUGAUUUUUGUAAUUGUGCAUAACUUUUGAUAAAUUUCACACGGAAAAAGGAAUCUUUGCAAUUGCUUGUUCUAAUACAAUUUGGUUUUAUCAUUAACUUGCGGUCUCUGUCUCUCGUUUUCUCUAUCUCUCUCAAAUGUUUGCUUAUGCUGUGAAUACUGUUCACUAGUUGUUUUUGGUUUCUUUAAGGUUAACAAGUCAAAGAUCCCAUUCUUUGCAAAGAAGCUGUCAAUUGUAGUUCCUGGAGAAAGAGAAAAAGUUGAUCUUUUUUCCUGGUUUUCUAGUUGUACCAUUUGGGAUCUCCCAUUAGAUACUGCAGCUGAUGAUAAUCUCAUAGUAUGGACUCACACCAAUUUUUUCGGAUCGGUGUGACUGGCUCAAGCCUAUCUUCUAUUCCCAGCACUAUUUCAUCAAUACCCAACAGGCUACUUGGAUCGCUAAAAUUUGAUUUAGGAAACUCACCGAAUUCGCCCUUCUCUACAUAUUUCGAAUCUGAUACUCUUACCACGUUGAGUGAUAGCCAGGAACAGCACAGUUCUACGGAUAAUCUGUCUGGAGUUAGUCCAUCUUGCAAUUCAUCUCUGGAAACAAACAGUUAUUUUCAUCAGUUAAGCCCUUCGGUGGACUGUCGCGGGGACAGUUUACAGCUCUAUUCGGGUAGGACUUCUUUCUUACAGGAUGCAAAUCAUAGCACACCGAACAUCCAGCAUGCUUUGCAGGAAUUAGAGACAGCUUUAAUGGCUCCUGAUGAUGAUGAAGUUGCCACACCAAAUGCUUCCUCUGGGCAGAGUAACAGGCCGAUGACAUCCGGGCAGAGGUCCAUGUCAUGGAACCAGGAACGCCAGGGUGGUUCACGAGUGAUUCAGCGCCAGUCAUCCCUCGUUCACAGGCAUGGGCAGUCGGUUGAUAUUGCCCGUACCGAGAAACGUCACAAAGCAAUGGAGGAUGCAUGUUUGCCAAGUUUCCCACCAGAUGAUCUGAAGCAGUUGCUGAUUGAAUGUGCUAAAGCUCUUUCAGAAAACAAUAUUGAGGUCUUUGACAGUUUGAUUGAAAAGGCAAGAGAUACUGUGUCUAUUAGUGGAGAACCGAUCCAGCGUUUGGGUGCUUAUAUGGUAGAAGGCUUGGUAGCAAGGAAACACGCAUCAGGCACCAACAUUUAUAGGGCACUCAAGUGUAGAGAACCCGAAAGCAAGGACUUGCUUUCUUACAUGCACAUUCUGUAUGAAAUCUGCCCCUAUUUGAAAUUUGGUUAUAUGGCAGCCAAUGGGGCUAUUGCUGAGGCAUGUAGAAAUGAGGACAAUGUCCACAUUAUAGACUUUCAGAUUGCUCAGGGAACACAGUGGAUGACUCUUCUUCAGGCACUCGCUGCAAGGCCUAGUGGAGCUCCCCAUGUUCGCAUUACAGGUAUUGAUGAUCCUGUUUCUCAAUAUGCGCGUGGUGAUGGAUUGGAUGCUGUUGGAAGGAGGUUGUCAGCAAUAUCUGAAAAGUUCAACAUCCCAGUUGAGUUUCACGGAGUGCCAGUUUUUGCCCCUGAUAUCACAAUAGAGAUGCUUGAUGUCAGGCCAGGCGAGGCUCUGGCUGUGAACUUCCCACUGCAGCUCCACCACACUCCAGAUGAGAGCGUUGACGUGAACAAUCCACGCGAUGGGCUCUUGCGAAUGGUAAAAUCGCUUUCUCCCAAAGUGGUUACUUUGGUGGAGCAAGAAUCCAACACGAACACCACACCUUUCUUCAACAGGUUUGUAGAAACUCUGGACUAUUACUUGGCAAUGUUCGAAUCUAUUGAUGUGACUCUUCCAAGGAACUGCAAGGAAAGGAUUAAUGUCGAGCAGCAUUGUUUAGCGAGGGAUAUUGUGAAUAUCAUUGCCUGUGAGGGGAAGGAAAGGGUGGAGAGACAUGAGCUGUUUGGCAAGUGGAAAUCAAGGUUGACAAUGGCGGGUUUCGGGCAAUACCCAUUGAGCUCGUAUGUGAAUUCUGUCAUAGGGAGUCUCCUGAGGUGUUACUCGGAGCAUUAUACACUGGUUGAGAAGGAUGGGGCUAUGCUGUUGGGAUGGAAGGACAGGAACCUUAUAUCCGCUUCAGCUUGGCACUGAGAGUAGAGAAUAAGAAUAGGAAAUAAGGAAUAAGAAUACAAGAGACAUCAGUAGAAAUAACCAAUUGAUAUUUUAUUUUAUAUAGUGUUAUUUUUUUAUAGAUAAAUUCUUGAAGCUGAUAGAGGCUUGUGGUUUGGGUGGUGGAUGAUAAAACCUGUUGUAGCAUCCAUUGUCCUGCAUAUUCUGAUGGCUGGACUAGGAGAAGAUCACAUUGUUUGUCCAUCAGCGCUAGGGGUUCCAUUAUUUCUUGUUAUGUAUAAACGUCCAUGUCCAUAUUUUCUAUAUUACCAUUAUGGAUUCUUUAUUUCAA